AGGAGAAAGGGUUAGAAGCCGGGAAGAGGAGUGAGAAAGAAACCCAGGCUGGCCCCGGGAUGAGGUUAGGAAGCCCGGGGCUGGGAAGAGGGAUCCGGGGUCAGGGCUAGGAGCAGGGGUCCUGAAGAGGCAAGGCUUGGCAGGUGGGUAGUGUUGGGGUGAGGGGUGCACCAGGGGCAGAAGAGUUCCAAGUGGAAGACAAGGAAGAAGCAGAGCCGGGUAGUAGUUGGGAAGAGAGAGAGAGAGAGAGAGAGUGAUUAAGAGCCAGACGUGACAAGGGUGUGAACUAGUGCAGAGCUGGAGAUGAGCUGAAAGGCUGGCAUCCGCUGGGGUGGGAUCAUCUAGGUGUGGGUCAGCAGCUGGUGAUGGGUGUAAAUUCUGCAAAGUGAGGUAGACAGGAGAGACUGGAUCACAACCAGGGGGAGUCAGAAAUUGGAGCGUUAGUGGAAGGGCUAAAGGAAAGCAAGCUGAGAGCUGGGCGUUAAUAGGACAGUUCUGGGAGAAAAAGAAAAAGCUGAAAAGGACGUUGGAAAGCAGGGUUUAAGGAGUGAUGGUGAUCUGGGACAGGGAACCUGGGGGUUGUUUAUUGAAGAGGUUCAGCGAGGUAAAGAUAGUGGAGUGAAAAGACGGGAUGAAAAGCAACCCGAGAAGAUGAGCAAGGAGGAGAUGGGCCCUGGGAUUUAAAGGACAGAAUGGGGAGUCAGGGGAGAGAAACGAGAUUAGGGGAGUCCUGAUGGGUGUAGAACUGGAGUGGGCUGCACAGGAGUGGGAACCGAAUGUCCGUCUUGCCCUGAUGUGCCCCAGGAGGUCUGGAAGGGGCAGGGCACAAACGCUGUAGUGAAGACUCCAGUGUAGGGGCCUUUGGUGCAGAAGAUAAGGAACCAUGGUGAUAGAGAAGAGGCAACCCAGCAGUGACCAUGUGAUACUAUGGAAGAAGAUGGAAACAGCUUGUUUAAUGGAUUAAGAGAGUGGCGACUGCACUAAAACAUGGAUAGAUGCAAACAUGUGGGACGGUUACGGCUGGCCCAGGACCACUCCAUCCUGAAUCCUCAGAAGUGGUGCUGUCUGGAGUGUGCCACCACUGAGUCUGCAUGGGCCUGCCUGAAGUGCUCCCACGUGGCCUGCGGCCGCUACAUUGAAAACCAUGCACUAAAACACUUUGAAGAGACCGGACACCCGCUGGCCAUGGAGGUCCGGGAUCUCUACGUGUUCUGCUACCUGUGCAAGGACUACGUGCUCAAUGACAACCCCGAAGGAGACCUGAAGCUGCUGAGAAGCUCCCUCCUGGCGGUUCAAGGCCAAAAGCAGGACCUGCCCGCGAGGCGUGGGCGCACGCUGCGGUCCACAGCUGCAGGCGAGGACGUGGUCCCGCCGCAGCGCACUCCUCAGGGACAGCCGCAGAUGCUCACGGCUCUGUGGUACCGGCGCCAGCGCCUGCUGGCCAAGACGCUGCGGCUGUGGUUCGAGAAGAGCUCCCGGGGCCGCGCGCAGCUGGAGCAGCGACGGCGGGAGGAGGCGCUGGAGCGCAAGAAGGAGGCAGCGCGCCAGCGGCGGCGCCAGGUCAAGCGGCAGCUGCUGGAGGAGCUGGCCAGCGCCCCGCCGCGGAAGAGUGCGCGCCUGCUCCUGCACGCUCCCGAGCCCAUGGCCCUGCGCCCUGCUACCCUCGCUACCUCCCGGCGCACGUCCGCGGCCGCCCUGAAGCCGCGUCGUUUGCCGGCAGUGGCCCCAGGUGUCACUGGCCUGCGCAACCUGGGUAACACGUGCUACAUGAACUCCAUCCUCCAGGUGCUCAGCCACCUCCAGAAGUUCCGGGAAUGUUUCCUGAACCUCGACCCUUCCACCUCCGAGCACUUGUUUCCCCAAGCCACCAAUGGGAAGGCUCAGCUUUCAGGUAGGCCAGCAAGCAGCUCUGCCGCCACUGAGUUGUCAGUAAGGAGUGACCGGGUCCAGGGGUGUGAACCUCAGGGCCUCUACUGGAACAGCGGAGCCUCCAUCAGCAGGAGCCUGGAGCUCAUUCAGAACAAGGAACCCAGCUCAAAGCACAUUUCCCUCUGCCAUGAACUGCACACGCUCUUCCGAGUCAUGUGGUCUGGAAAGUGGGCGCUGGUGUCACCCUUUGCCAUGCUCCACUCCGUGUGGAGCCUGAUCCCCGCCUUCCGUGGCUACGACCAGCAGGACGCACAGGAAUUUCUCUGUGAACUGCUGCACAAGGUGCAGCAGGAACUUGAGUCUGAGGGCUCCACGCACCGGAUCCUCAUCCCCUUCUCCCAGAGGAAGCUCACCAAGCAAGUCUUAAAGGUGGUGAACACCAUAUUUCACGGGCAGCUGCUCAGUCAGGUCACAUGUGUAUCAUGCAAUUAUAAAUCUAAUACCAUUGAGCCCUUCUGGGAUCUGUCCCUGGAAUUCCCCGAACGCUACCACUGCAUAGAAAAGGGGCUUGUCCCUUUGAAUCAGACAGAGUGCCUGCUCACCGAGAUGCUGGCCAAGUUCACCGAGACAGAGGCCCUGGAGGGAAGAAUCUACGCUUGUGACCAGUGUAACAGCAAACGUCGAAAAUCCAACCCCAAACCCCUUGUUCUGAGUGAAGCUAGAAAGCAGUUAAUGAUCUACAGACUACCUCAGGUCCUUCGGCUACACCUUAAAAGAUUCAGGUGGUCUGGCCGUAACCAUCGGGAGAAGAUUGGGGUCCAUGUCGUCUUUGACCAGGUUUUUGGGUCCACUGCAAUGACUCAAAAUUGGAUGUAUGCAGUGUCCAGGAAGUGUGCAAAACCCAGGCCUACAUUCUUUUUUACACUCGAAGAACAGUUCAGGGCAGUGCAAAACUCUCAGAACCCCAUCUCCGAGCUCAGGUGCAGUCCAGCAGCAAGGAUGAACGCAGAACGUACACAUUUCCCUGACUCGGAGGCAGGCAUCAAAACGGCCUUCCACUUUUCCUUGUGGGAAAUAAGGCUUGCCACAGUAACAGAUUACUGGGUUUGCCUCACUGGGUCAGGGGAAACAAUGCCCUAUGAUUCCUGCCUCGUCAAAAAAUUGGCAGUCACUUUCUUUUGAAAACAUGGAAAUUGCCUCCUUUCAUAAAACCAAUCUAAAGGAGUAACUUCUAUGAAGAGUCUUCUGUCGGUUGCUUCUGGAUAGUAGAGGGGUCUGGGUAGAGGAGAGAGGGUUAAGUAGUCAGCCAGCCAGGAGAGCAACUGUGCCUGUCUUCUCUGUCAUGAGAGAACCUCCCUGCAGCACUGCACAGAGCACCGAGGUGGGCCCUGGGCUGGCAGCUGGUGGGAAGGCCUGGCUCCAAAGUGGAAGUCACAGGAUUUAUUCACAGAAAAAGGUAACCAUCAAGGAUCACAGCCUGCAGACUUCCUUUCUCAGGAGAGCUGUUGAAGAGUGGAGUGAGGGGCACGGAGCAGUUUUCCCCAUGCCAAAUGGGAAGGCUUUCACAGCCGGCUUCUCCCGAGCUGCUGCUGUCAUCUCAUCACACGGGUGAGACUGAGGCAAGGGCCACUCUUCCUUUUGAAGAAGAGAUAGUCAUAGAAGGACGCAGAGACCAGUGCACAGUCUGCGCUUGUUAAGCCAUGGACACUGCUGACUUCCCCAGCCCUGGAGUAGGACCCUGGCUCAGGUCUGCGAUGCAGUCAGGGUUAGGUUUGGAUUGGUUUUUGGGUCAGUUGUCGAAGUCUUCUCAGGAUGCAGUAAAGGUGGGCGGGGCCUGUCUGUCGCCUGCUGCCCCUAGGGUCUCACCUUGUAUGGCAUGCAGUUACUAUCCUGCACCUAGAACACCGGUGUCCGCGAGGUUGGGGAGCUUUUGCCUCCUUAAGGGAUUGACACGUGUCCAGUUCCUGCUCAUGGCCCUUGCCUGUUCUGUUCCCAGUCUGCUAUUUAUGCUCACCGACCGCUUAUCCAUGAGGAAUAGAGCGAGACACCUGUCUUUUCCUCUAGUAUUAGUAAAAACACAUCUUUAAAAUUCGCUCCAUUUCUAAAUGGAGUGUGAGUGCCCAAAGCCUUCCUCCUAUUGGGCAUAUAGUAAAGCCUCUUUCUCUCUGCAGUGCCCCACAGCCUCCCCUAUGAAUGCUCUUUUGAUUAAGUAGCUCAUGUUAAUGUUUGAAUUCAGGUAGCACAGUUGUCACUUGAAGCAAGUUGAAAGGGUGGGGAACAGGGACAGUGAGGCUGAGGGAGGCAGCACAUUUCCCAGGCAUAUGUGUAGCAUUUACUGCUGCCCUGGUUUGAGGUGGACUCUUAUGUAGGCCUGCCAGACAUCACCAAGACAUGGAAGAAAUCAGGCAGAAAAUGGCUCACCCUGGCAGGGAUGGCAUGCUAGAUUUAAACUUGCUUUUUUACAACACUGUGAGGUUUCUGUGAUAUUUAGCUUUUAUUUGGAAGCGAUAACGUAUGGCAUUUUUGUGCUGUUUGGUUUUUAUUGUCUAUUGCAGGCUUUUUUGUGGGCCAUGCUUGGGCUCCUCCUCUCCUGGACACUGUUUUAAAGUGUCCCGGUUGCCCACACUGCCUGGGGUUUUGAUGUAAAGCUGUACUCCUGAAGUCCACAUUACUAAGGUGGCAUGAUGGUGAUUUGUUACCAUGGUAGGAAAGCCCAUUCAAAAACAAAGCCAGAGCCGGGCGGUGGUGGCGCACGCCUUUAAUCCCAGCACUCAGGGAGGCAGAGGCAGGUGGAUCCCUGUGAGUUCGAGGCCAGCCUGGUCUACAAUGCAAGUCCAGGACAGCCAAGGCUACACAGAGAAACCCUGUCUAAAAAAACAAAAA